UCGCCCCGGCUCCCCCGGGGCCGCCGGCCGGAGGAUGGACGAAGAUGGACCGCGAACGGCCGAGGAGGAUCCGGAGCCGGGCAGAGCCAAGACUUUCAUCCGCCUUAAUGACCUGUCCGGGGCCUGGGGCCACCCGGGGCCGGGGGACAGGGAGGCGGGCAGCGGCGACUCGGAGGCGGAGGCGCUGCCCUACCCGGCGCUGGCCCCUGUCGUCUUUUUCUACCUGAGCCAGGAGAGCCGGCCGCGGAGCUGGUGCCUCCGGUUGGUCUGUAACCCAUGGUUUGAGAGGGUCAGCAUGCUGGUGAUUCUGCUCAACUGCGUGACGCUGGGCAUGUUCCACCCCUGCGAGGACAUCGCCUGUGACUCACCGCGCUGCAGGAUUCUCCAGAGCUUUGAUGACUUCAUCUUUGCCUUCUUUGCUGUGGAAAUGAUCGUCAAAAUGAUUGCACUGGGUAUUUUUGGGAAGAAAUGCUACCUGGGAGACACAUGGAACCGCCUGGACUUCUUCAUCGUCAUUGCAGGGAUGUUGGAGUAUUCCCUGGACCUGCAGAAUGUCAGCUUCUCAGCCGUCCGCACUGUUCGAGUUCUGAGGCCACUCAGGGCCAUUAACAGGGUCCCCAGUAUGCGCAUCCUGGUGACACUGCUUUUGGACACGCUACCCAUGCUGGGGAACGUCCUCCUCCUCUGCUUCUUUGUCUUCUUCAUCUUUGGCAUUGUGGGAGUCCAGCUGUGGGCAGGUUUGCUCAGGAACCGCUGCUUCCUCCCUGAGAACUUCAGCAUCCCCUACACGGUGGAUUUGGAGCGGUACUACCAGACAGAGAAUGAAGAUGAAAAUCCCUUCAUCUGCUCCCAGCCCCGGGAGAAUGGGAUGCGCUUCUGUCGGAGUAUCCCAACACUGAGGGAAGAGGGUCUGGAGUGCACUCUGGAUUAUUAUUCCUACAAUGACACCACCAACACGUCUUGUGUGAACUGGAACCAGUACUACACCAACUGCUCUGCUGGGGAGCACAACCCCUUCAAGGGAGCCAUCAACUUUGAUAACAUUGGCUAUGCCUGGAUUGCGAUAUUUCAGGUUAUCACGCUGGAAGGCUGGGUGGACAUCAUGUACUUUGUCAUGGAUGCACACUCCUUCUACAACUUCAUCUACUUCAUCCUCCUGAUCAUUGUGGGCUCCUUCUUCAUGAUCAAUCUGUGCCUGGUGGUGAUAGCGACACAAUUCUCUGAGACGAAGCAGCGCGAGAGCCAGCUGAUGAAGGAGCAGCGCGUGCGGUACCUGUCCAAUGCCAGCACCCUUGCCAGUUUCUCAGAGCCAGGAAGCUGCUAUGAUGAGCUCCUCAAGUACCUGGUUUACAUUGCCCGUAAAGGCAGCAAGCAGCUAGUGAAGGCCUACAGGGCAGCAGGUGUGAGGAUUGGCUUCCUCGACAGCCCCACGAGCAAGGCAAGGGCCGAGCAUCAUACCAGGAAGCGCAAGAGCAGGAAGAGAUCCUCCGUGCACCACCUCAUCCACCACCACCAUCACCACCACCACCACUACCACCUAGGCAACGGGAACCUGCGAGCACCCCGUGCCAGCCCCGAGAUCAGCGAUGUAGAGACCAGCUCACUCCACAAUGGGACCAACCGGCUGAUGCUCCCUCCCUCAGUACCCAAUUCCCUGGGGGCCCCCAGUGCCUCUCCCAGCAACACUGAGUCCGUGCACAGCAUCUACCAUGCUGACUGUCACUUUGAGCCGGUGUGCUGCCGGUCAUCCCUGACACAGCCAAGCCUCGGCUUGCCAAGCCCAGAAGGAAUCCCCAAGAACAUAGUGGGCAGCAAGGUGUACCCCACAGUGCACUCCAGCACCUCCCAUGAGAUGCUGAAAGAGAAGAACCUGGGGGAGGCAGCGGUGGGUGCUGGGAGCAGCACCUUGACGAGCCUCAACAUCCCGCCCGGUCCAUACAGCACCAUGCACAAGCUGCUGGAGACACAAAGCACAGGGUUCUUCUCAGUCCACAUUACAGAGAAAGGCGAUGGCUUUCCAGGUGCCUGCCAAAGCUCUUGCAAGAUCUCCAGCCCCUGCACCACGCUGGAUGGUGGCUCCUGCACCCCUGAGAACUGCCCUUACUGCCUCACCGCGCUGGCGGGCGAGGCCGAGCUGUCAGACAAUGAGAUGGCCGACUCAGACAGUGAGGGGGUCUAUGAGUUCACACAGGAUGCCCACUACAGUGACCAGCGGGACCCACAAAGGGGCAGAGCCCGGGCCAGGAGAGCCCACCUGGUGCUGGCCUUCUGGCAUGUGGUGUGUGAGACUUUCCAGAAGAUUGUGGACAGCAAAUAUUUUGGCCGUGGGAUCAUGGUGGCCAUUCUAAUUAACACACUCAGCAUGGGGAUUGAGUACCAUGAGCAGCCAGAGGAACUUACCAAUGCCCUGGAGAUCAGCAACAUUGUCUUCACAAGCCUCUUUGCCCUGGAGAUGCUGUUGAAAGUCCUUGUUUAUGGUCCUUUUGGAUACAUUAAGAAUCCAUACAACAUCUUUGAUGGGAUCAUUGUGGUGAUUAGCGUGUGGGAGAUUGUGGGCCAGCAGGGCGGGGGGCUCUCGGUCCUGCGCACCUUUCGUCUCAUGCGGGUAUUGAAGCUGGUCCGCUUCAUGCCAGCCCUGCAACGCCAGCUUGUUGUCCUUAUGAAGACCAUGGACAACGUGGCCACCUUCUGCAUGUUGCUGAUGCUCUUCAUCUUCAUCUUCAGCAUCCUGGGCAUGCACCUCUUUGGCUGUAAGUUCGCUUCAGAGCGGGAUGGUGACACUCUGCCCGACAGGAAGAACUUUGACUCUUUGCUUUGGGCCAUCGUCACUGUUUUCCAGAUUUUGACCCAGGAAGACUGGAACAAGGUCCUUUACAAUGGCAUGGCCUCCACCUCAUCCUGGGCUGCUCUCUACUUCAUCGCUCUCAUGACAUUUGGGAAUUACGUUCUCUUUAAUCUGCUGGUGGCCAUCCUGGUAGAGGGUUUCCAGACAGAGGGUGAUGCUUCCAAGUCUGAUUCCGAGGGGGAUCUCUUCCCCCACAGCCUGGAAGAGGAGGGAGAACUUAAGAAAAACUUGUCAAAUCCAGCCUCAAUGGCCCUGAGCGACCACCCAGAGCUGAAAAAGAGCCUGACCCCGCCACUUAUCAUCCAUACGGCCGCCACGCCCAUGCCCAUGCCCAAGAGUGCUGUGUUCGGGGAUGUGGCGCAGGGUUACGAGUCCCGCCGGGCCAGCGGCGUCUCCACGGACCCCGUGGCCGCUUAUGAGCUCAAGUCCCCGCCCAGCACCCGCAGCUCCCCACACAGUCCCUGGCGUGCCAGCAGCUCCUGGAACAGCCGCCGCUCCAGCUGGAACAGCAUCGGCCGGGCCCCCAGCCUCAAGCGCCGGGGGCAGAGCAGCGAGCGCAGGUCCCUCCUGUCCGGGGAGGGGAAGGAGAGCUCGGAGGAAGGGGACAGCUCGGAUGAGGAGCACUCCAGCUGGGCCGACAGCUUCAAUGGCUCUUUGCCUCACCGCAUGGAGUCGCUGGAAACAAAAGGGUCCUUUGACCUCCAGGAUACUCUGCAGGUGCCUUCCCUGUAUCGGACCAGCAGUAUGCACAGCACCAGAACGUCUGUCUCCGAGCACCAGGACUGCAAUGGGAGGACCUCUCCAGGCCAGCUACUGCACCAGCUCCACCUGGAUGAGCCCCACCAAGAUGGUGAUGAUGGCGAUGAUGAAGGUAGCAUGAGCAAAAGGGACCGCAUGAAGGCCUGGGUACGGGCACGGCUCCCCACCUGCUGCAAAGAGAGAGACUCCUGGUCCAUCUACAUCUUUGCCCCUCACUCCAGAUUCCGUCUGAUGUGCAAUAAAAUCAUCACUCACAAGAUGUUCGAUCACGUCGUCUUGGUGAUCAUUUUCCUGAACUGCAUUACCAUUGCGAUGGAACGACCCAAAAUUGAGCCUCACAGUGCUGAACGGAUUUUCCUAACACUCUCCAACUACAUCUUUACAGUCAUCUUCCUGACUGAGAUGACAGUUAAGGUGGUGGCACUAGGCUUGUGUUUUGGGGAGAAAGCCUACUUGAAGAGCAGCUGGAAUGUGCUGGAUGGGGUGCUGGUGCUCAUCUCCGUCAUUGACAUCCUAGUCUCGAUGGUGUCAGACAGCGGCACGAAAAUCCUGGGAAUGCUGCGGGUUCUGAGGCUACUGAGGACACUGCGGCCCUUGAGAGUCAUUAGUCGAGCCCAAGGACUGAAGCUGGUGGUGGAGACUCUCAUGUCAUCCUUGAAACCCAUUGGGAACAUUGUGGUCAUCUGCUGUGCCUUUUUCAUAAUCUUUGGGAUCUUGGGAGUUCAGCUUUUCAAAGGCAAGUUUUUUGUGUGCCAGGGGGAGGACACCAGAAACAUCACAAAUAAAUCGGAUUGUACAGAAGCAAGCUACAAAUGGGUCCGGCACAAGUAUAAUUUUGAUAAUCUCGGCCAGGCCCUGAUGUCUCUUUUUGUCCUGGCCUCCAAGGACGGGUGGGUGGAUAUCAUGUAUGAUGGCUUGGAUGCUGUGGGAGUCGACCAGCAGCCAGUCAUGAACUACAAUCCAUGGAUGCUCCUCUACUUCAUUUCCUUCUUGCUGAUUGUGGCCUUCUUCGUCCUCAACAUGUUUGUGGGGGUGGUGGUGGAGAAUUUCCACAAGUGUCGGCAGCACCAGGAGGAGGAAGAAGCCAAGAGGCGGGAGGAAAAAAGGCUCCGCCGGCUGGAGAAAAAGAGAAGGAGUAAGGAGAAACAGAUGGCUGAUCUAAUGCUGGAUGAUGUAUUAAUGGAGAGCUCAGCCAGUGCAGUGCAAGAAGCUCAGUGUAAGCCCUACUACUCGGAUUAUUCCCGUUUCCGCCUCCUGAUUCACCAGAUGUGCACCAGCCACUACUUGGAUCUGUUCAUCACCGGCGUUAUCGGCCUCAAUGUCAUCACCAUGGCCAUGGAGCACUACCAGCAGCCAAAGGUUCUUGACGAAGCCCUGAAGAUUUGCAAUUACAUCUUCACCGUUAUCUUUGUCAUGGAAUCGGUUUUCAAGCUUAUUGCCUUUGGGUUUCGCCGCUUCUUCCAAGACAGAUGGAACCAAUUAGAUCUGGCAAUUGUGCUGCUGUCUAUCAUGGGUAUCACUUUGGAAGAGAUCGAGGUGAAUGCUUCACUACCAAUUAAUCCCACAAUUAUCCGGAUCAUGAGGGUUCUCAGGAUCGCCCGAGUUCUGAAGCUGCUGAAGAUGGCAGUGGGGAUGAGGGCCCUCCUGGACACCGUGAUGCAAGCGCUACCACAGGUGGGGAAUCUGGGCCUUCUCUUCAUGUUGUUGUUUUUCAUAUUUGCAGCUCUUGGAGUGGAGCUGUUUGGAGACCUCGAAUGUGAUGACACACACCCUUGCGAGGGGCUGGGACGGCAUGCCACAUUCAGGAACUUUGGGAUGGCCUUCCUGACCCUCUUCCGAGUAUCCACAGGAGACAACUGGAAUGGGAUAAUGAAGGACACGCUGCGUGACUGUGACCAGGAGUCCACUUGUUACAACACCGUCAUUUCCCCCAUCUACUUCGUCUCCUUUGUGCUGACAGCCCAGUUUGUCCUGGUGAAUGUGGUGAUCGCAGUGCUCAUGAAGCACUUGGAGGAGAGCAACAAGGAGGCAAAGGAGGAGGCAGAGCUUGAAGCAGAACUGGAGAUGGAGAUGAAGACCAUCAGCCCUGGCCAGCACAGCCCCUCGGACAUCUUUGUGUGGACAGGCACCACCAGUGGAGAGAGACCUGAGAACCCCCGUGGAUUUACCAAUCCCAUGCAAAUCAAGGUGGAUUCUCAGCUCUCACUAGCUUAUCAUAUGGAAAGGCACUUGUUUGAUACCAUAUCACUGCUGAUCCAGGAAUCUCUGGAAGGAGAGCUGAAGCUGAUGGACAACCUGUCAGGCUCUGUGUGCCAUCAUUAUGCCCUCCCAGCUCCCGAAUAUUACAACUCUGAGAAACAGAUCCCUCUAGCUGAGAUGGAGGCUCUAUCUUUGACGUCAGAUAUUCUCUCUGAAAAGUCCUGGUCCUUAGCUCUGAUGGAUGACUCUUUUCCUGAUGACAUUAACACACACUUACUUAAUGCUCUGGAAAGCAAUGAUGAUCUCCGCUCCAAGGACAACACGCUGACCCUGUCUCCCAGCAAGGACCUGCUGAGCGUGAGGAAGCCCUCGGUGGGACGUACCCACUCCUUGCCAAAUGACAGCUACAUGUUCCAGCCACCCUACUCCAGCCCCAGCCCUGCCUCCUUGGGCGACAGGAAACCAGCACAUCACAAGUCCCAGUCAGGUUCAAAGGCAUCGGUGCAGUCACAGCCAGCAGACACCAGCUCCCUCCUGCAAAUCCCAAAGGACCAUUUCCACCAUGCAAGAGCUCACAACCAUUUGGUGGGGGAGAGCAAGCCCCGGAUCUCCCAGCAGGUCCACUCCCCUUCUGCUGAAAGGCUGCUCCGCAGACAGAUGGCUAUAAGGAACGACUCUCUGGAUAGCAAGGAGAAUCUCCAUACCGAGGUGAGUGAACUCUCUGACCCAGAUGUUCCCACUGUGCCCAAGGAGGAGUCACCAGUGGCUCUGCUGCCCUCAGAAGUGAAUGAGUUGGCUGCCUGGAGUCGGGCAAGCGUCCAUACACAGCAGCUUUCCCACAAUCAGUAUAAUAUUUCAAAGCAGGCACCAGCAUCCUGUGCUUGUGCAGACUCGUAUCAGGAGACCCCUGAGGAUUCAAUGGACCAAGAAGUAUCUGAAAUCAACAGCUCCUCAGAGCCUUUCACUUCAGAAACUUGCACAGCCUCGAGUGCCUGUUCGGAGGGUCAGCCUCUCACACCUAAGAGGAACAUGGGCAAUACCGGCAACAUGAUACUGAAGGACCUGAAGAAAUACCACAGUGUAGACACCCAGGGUCUGCUAAAAAAACCACCCUCUUGGUUAGAUGAUCAAAGGAGACAUUCAAUAGAGAUUUGUUCCAUAGAAAACAGCCCUCAGCACCAUUCCACAUCCAGCUCCUCUGGCUUUAUAAGUCAGGUGGUCAGUGAAAUGGAAUGCUUGCAAGGUACACGACAGAAGAAGAAACUGAGCCCUCCCUGUAUAUCUAUAGAUCCACCUGACGGGCAGAGUUUGAUACCUAGAGCACCCCACAGCAUCUCACCUGCCAGUGGAGACGUUUGCUUGAGGAGGCGUGCUCCAUCCUGUGAGUCCAAGGAUUCAAUGGAUAUAGGGGAUUCAUUGCUUCCAGACAGUAUGUCAACAUCUCCUACCCCAAAGAAAGACCUGUUGACACUUCCUAGCUUUUCCUUUGAUCAAACUGAAAUGGACCCCUGAGUUACUUUUCUGUUGGUGCCAAAUGUCUUCUUCCUUUCAUGUAAUAGAAAAAAAAAAAAAAAUUUAAAAACUCUGUACUCCAAAAUGGCACUGGGUAAAAAGUUUCCAAAGAAAGAUUAAAGAACCAGCUGGUUAAAAGAGUGGUUAACCUAUAUCACGCUUACUUAAGCAUAUGUUCUGCUUAGGUAAAAGCAAUACAAUGUGCAGAAUCUAUAUGUAUAUUAUAUUUUAUUAAAUUAAUUGAAUCUA